AUGGCCAUGUCAUCAAUGGAUGCGUUGGGGGCUUUUACCCAUAUGAAGGACAACCUUCCCACCUGGAUUAUCGGCGUUUCGGAACUCGCCACACACACUCAUAAAAAGCACGACGAGUACUGCGAAGCAUACAGACGCCACACAACCUCCAAACCCCGCCGACGGAAAAACAGCUCUGUCUGUUCCAUUCACACUGACGACCUGGUCCCGAUCGCACAACGCAAAGGACCAAGCCCAGAACCCACGGCGGAGACAGCGCACGCGCCCGAUCAGGGCCAACGCUCAAGUCGCAAGCGCAGCACAGACGAGGCCUCCUCAUCCGACACAAAUGAAGAAUACGCGUUCGUGAGCACAAGGCACAAUGUCAUUAUUGAUUAUGAUGGUCACACACAGAAGACGCUCGAGUCAAUCGUACGGGAUAUUGGGAUGGCAAGGAACAAUCUUCGUCGUGCAAAGAUGGCAAUGAUGCCGCGACCAGGCUUGCGGGCUGGUCUUUUGAACAAAGGUAUCGGAAUGAACCUCAACAUGCCGGAUGGGACGGCAUCACCACUUUCUUGUAUCCGGAGCACCCGCACCACAUCCGGGGUUGUCGGCAUCUCCGGGACCAACGCGCUACGCACAGACUCUCCAUUCGACUUUGCAGACAAACAACUCGAACUUGCACACUCGCUUUGCGAGACGGCGGCGUAUCAAGUGCUCCGCUCCGGGGACUGCGGUACGGAGUUGGACGGGGUGGAAGAAAAAUUCAAAAUGCUGCUCGAGGCCGCUAUCAACGAGGUUGACCGUCUCAAGGCAGAAAAGAAGCAACAAGAAGAACACGAGCUGCAACAACAAAACGGCACUGCGGAUGAAGGACCGCCCAAACCCCCGCCUACGCCUUCUGCCGCUCGACUCGCCAGAGUUGCUGCCAUCGCUCACAAACCCGCCAACACCACCACAGCGGGCGCUAUUGAAGUUGAUGACAACUCUUCCUACUCGGCCGAGUCAAUCGACCUCUCUGCAUUCCGGGCCUCGCGCAUCCGGGUAUAG